AUGGCUUAUGGACUCGAGUUAUCCGGGGUCCCUUUCUUUUGGGUUCUAAGGAAACCAUCUGGGUCGACCACCGAGUCUGAUGACUCGGUCGAGUUGCCAGAUGGGUUUGAGGAGAGGGUUAAGGGUAGAGGGAUCGUGUGGAGGAGUUGGGUGCCUCAGCUGAGGAUACUGAGUCAUGACUCGGUGGGUGGAUUCUUGACUCAUUGCGGUUGGAGUUCUAUUGUGGAGGGACUUAUGUUAGGUCUUCCUUUACUGACAUUGCCGUUUUUGGUUGACCAAGGUUUGAAUUCUAGGGUUGUUGCGGAAAAGGGAGUAGGGGUGGAAAUACCGAGAAACGAGGAGGACGGAUCCUACACGAGAGACUCGGUCGCCGACUCGGUGAAACUCGUGAUGCUUGAAAAUGAAGGGAAAAGGUUUAGUGAGAGGGCUAAAGAAAUGGCUGAAAUAUUUGGUGAUGUUGAUCUCCAUGGUAGAUACAUGGACAAGUUCAUCGAGUUUCUCGAAAAUCAUAAGAGUUUGUCGUCGACGGAUUAG